UUGUAAUUUGCAAAUUACUGAUCAAUUCUUAUGCCUCAGAUGUAAAUUUCUAAACAUCAGCCCCCAGUUAAGUGAAUCUUUUUCUAGCCUCUAAGCUCAAAAUGUAUGAACAGGCCCUGUCAGGCCCUGUUCCUGAAAAUGAAGAUGGCCUUGUGAAAGUGAAGGAGGAAGAUCCCACCUGGGAGCAGGUGUGCAACUCACAAGAGGGCAGCUCCCACACUCAGGAACUUUGCCGCCUGCGCUUUCGGCAGUUCUGCUACCAAGAGGUUCUUGGGCCCCGUGAGGCUCUGGCCCAACUCCGAGAACUUUGCCAUGAAUGGCUGAGGCCAGAGAUGCACACUAAGGAGCAGAUCCUGGAGCUGCUGGUGCUGGAGCAGUUCCUAAUCAUCCUGCCUGAAGAACUCCAGGCCUCUGUGAAGUCAUGUCCUCUGGAGAGUGGGGAGGAGGCAGUGACAGUGUUGGAGAACUUAAAUACAAGAAGUGGAGACAAAGGUCAGCAGGCCUCUGUCUACAUUCAGAGACAGGACAUGCACCUAAUGGUGACAGAAUAUCAAGGAGUUUCUUUGGAGCAUCAGAGCCUCCAGCUCCUGCCUGGUACAACCACCCUGAAGUGUGAGCCUCCACAGCUUCCCCAAGAGAACCCCCAAGAAAUGAGUGGGCCUAUUCCCCAGGGACCAGCCCAUCUCCAGGAAGAAAGCCCUAGAGACAAGGCAGCAGUGCUCGAGUUCCACCCAACCAGGUGCCAGACAUCACUGAAGACUGAGGAGGAAACAGCCCAGGUCUGUGCCACCGAGGAGUGGCCACAUCUGAGUCUAGUUCAGAGGAACCUCUGUCGGAACUCAGCUCAGGAGAUUACAAGCCUCAGUCUGAUGACUGAAGAAAUUGUAACUAAAGAUGGAUUGUUUAAUGCAAAGCAAGAAACUUCUGAAGAAAUGGAACAAGGUGGGGAAGACUCAGGAAUGCCCAACAGAGAUUGUACACCCCAGAUCUCUUGUAGUACUUCUAUCCCUACUGAAAGGACAGUUGUGCAUCUGAACACUGUGAAGGACCGUCACCCGGGUGACUUGUGGGCCCGGAAGCACAUCUCAUCCUUGGAAUAUGCUGCAGGAGACAUUACCCGAAAAGGGAGAAAAAAAGACAAAGCUCGAGUGAGUGAAUUGCUCCAAGGCCUUGCAUUUUCUGGUGACUCAGAUGUGGAGGAAGAUAAUGAGUCUAAAACCCAGCCUGCUCAAAAGAAGCUAAAGGUGUCAUGUGUCCCUGAAAAGAAUUGGAUCAAAAGAGACAUUAAACCCAACUUUCCAAGUUGGUCAUCACUGGAUUCUGGACUUUUGAAUCUCAAGAGUGAAAAAUUGAACCCAGUAGAACUCUUUGAGUUAUUUUUUGAUGAUGAAACAUUCAACUUGAUUGCCAAUGAAACCAAUAAUUAUGCCUCUCAGAAAAAUGUCAGUUUGGAAGUCACGGUUCGGGAAAUUAGGUGUGUGUUUGGUGUCCUGCUUUUGAGUGGAUUUGUGAGGCGUCCCAGAAGGGGAAUGUAUUGGGAAAUCUGGGAUGCUGACCUGAACCUGGUUAGAGAUGCAAUUAGAAGAGACAGAUUUGAGUUGAUUUUCUCAUACCUGCAUUUUGCAGAUAAUGGCCACCUAGAUCAAAAAGAUAAGUUUACAAAAUUAAGGCCUCUCAUAAAGCAAAUGAAUAAAAAUUUCCUCUUGUAUGCUCCUCUAGAAGAAUAUUAUUGCUUUGAUAAGUCAAUGUGUGAAUGCUUUGAUAGUGAUCAAUUCCUAAAUGGAAAGCCUGUUAGAAUUGGCUAUAAAAUUUGGUGUGGUACAACCACACAGGGUUAUUUGGUUUGGUUUGAACCCUACCAAGAAGAAUCAACUAUGAAGGCAGAUGAGGAUCUUGACCUUGGGUUAGGUGGAAGUCUGGUGAUGAACUUUGCUGAUAUUCUUUUAGAGAGAGGUCAAUAUCCCUAUCACCUGUGUUUUGAUAGCUUCUUUACAAGUGUCAAAUUGGUGUCAGCCUUGAAGAAGAAGGGGGUGAGGGCAACAGGAACAAUUCAUGAAAACAGGACUGAAAAAUGUCCCCUGAUGAAUGCAGAACAUAUGAAAAAAAUGAAGAGGGGGUAUUUCGAUUUCCGAGUAGAAGAAAAUGAUGAGAUAAUUUUAUGUCGUUGGAAUGGUGAUGGUAUUACCAGUCUGUGCUCCAAUGCGGUAGGCAUAGAACCGGUCAAUGACAUAAGUUGUUUUGCUGGUGAUGAAGAGAUCCCUCAGAUAAGUCAACCGUCCAUAGUUAAAGUGUAUGAUGAAUGCAAGGAAGGUGUAGCUAAAUUGAAUCAAAUUAUUUCCAAAUAUCGGGUGAGGAUAAGAAGCAAGAAAUGGUACUCAGUUUUGGUGAACUACAUCAUUGAUGUAGCCAUGAGCAAUGCAUGGCAACUACACAGAGCCUGUAACCCGGAUACUUCUCUAGACCUCUUGGAUUUUCGGAGAUGUGUUGCGCAUUUCUACUUGGAACAUUAUGCUGAUCUGUCAGAUUAAGGCAAAUAAAAUGGACACAGUGUAGACAUUAAUAAAACAUAGAAAAAUGAUUGCUACACGUUAGGUUAUACUUUCCCAAAGCAAAACUGAUGUAUGUCAUGAAAUUAUUAAGUAAUUAAAUGACUAAUAUUUUAAAAAUCAGACAUUUAUAGAGUUUCAAAGACUAUUAUAACAAAUAAUGUUUAAAAUUGCAAAAACGUUGAACCCCAGUGGUACCUUUCUCUAUGUUAAAUUUCAUGUCAUAUACAUGGGAAAUCAUUUAUUUGUUGAAUUGA